AUGAACGACGAGUCCAUUACGAGCCUCAAGGCGGCCUUCCUUCGGUCCCAAGUCCGCCAUCUCUCUACUCCGCUCGCACCCUCGACCGACUGGCGUGAAGAUCUGCCGGAGCCAGAAGGAGGCCACCUGAGCGACAAGGUCGUCCAGGAUGUGGUCACAAAGGUCAACGAGAAAAUCAAACAGCAUAACCGCAUGGUCUUCUCCCAGCAAUCACAGCGGCACGUCGCGGAACAAAUCGAGACCCUGCACUGGAACAUAGUCAACGCGGAGUUGAACGAAGCAGAGCUGCACACGUCUGUAGUACGCCGGGACGCCGACCUGACGACCUCCUCGACGAUUGAAACCUUGCCCGAAGAACUCGAUGAUGCGCUGAUCCAUCCCGAGCGCCCUCCGAAUGCGGACGAAGCAGAAACAUACAACAGUUUGCGUAGUGACUUGCUAAACCAUAGCCGGCGCCGUGAUGCGCUGAAGCAGAAACUCGCACGAUACAGAGCGCUGCAGAAGCUGAUGGCGCCGCUUGACGAUCCUCAGACAAACAUACAGCCCAAUCUGGUCACGAGAGACGGCGAGUUGGGCACAGAACUGGACCGCACCAGGGUCCUGCUUGCCCGAGUCUCGGGGAGAGUGGCAGAUGUCCACAACACUACUCGACAACCUACUGCAAACGGCAUGAAACAAUCCCUGAGCAAUGAGCAGAAAUUGGCUGCGUUAUUGGAUCCCACGUGA